AUGGCCUCUCCCUCGGUAGAACCUAAUGAUCUCUUCGGGGUCAAAGGAUUAGUCGUCGUUGUAACGGGCGGGGGAAGUGGUAUUGGUCUCAUGAUGGUAAAUGCCCUAGAAAGCAACGGUGCGAUUGUCUACGUUAUUGGCCGCCGCAAGGAGACCUUAGAGAAAGCUGCUGCUACUGCUAAGCAUGGAAAUAUUCGUAUAAUCCAAGGCGAUGUAUCUAACAAGGCCGACCUUGAACGGGCCGUCGCAGAGAUCAAGUCAGCAGUAGGAUAUGUCAAUGUUGUAGUAGCAAAUUCUGGUGUACCAGGCCCUACUAUGGGCGCAUUGCCGCAAAACCCCAGCAUUUCGGACUUCCGAAACUUCGUCUUCGGCUGGGAUACGGCAGAAUUCAAUAACACAUAUGCCGUAAACUCUACAGGCGUGUUUUUCACCGUCGCUGCAUUCCUAGAGCUUCUUGACGAGGGUAACAAGCGUGGAAAUCUGAAGCAGAAGAGUCAGGUUAUCGCGACGUCCAGCAUUGGAGCAUAUAACAGAGUUCCGGCCGCCGGAUAUGCGUAUGGAAGCUCUAAGGCCGGAGUGGUCCACAUGAUGAAGCAGUUGGCAACCGCUCUUGUGCCGUAUGGCAUUCGAUCCAAUGUCAUCGCCCCAGGAUUCUACCCAAGCGAAAUGACCGAGCCUCUUCUCCAAAAACGACCAACUCAGGAGUGGCCCAAGAGCGUCGUUCCCGAGCAGAGACUUGGUGAUCAGGAAGAUAUUGCCGGAGCGAUCCUGUUCUUGGUGAGCAAGGCUGGCGCCUACAUCAAUGGAAAUGUGCUGGUGACAGAUGGAGGACGAUUAGGCGUUGUGCCUGCUGCGUAUUAA